AUGUGCUUAAUAUUUAUAUUUAUUUUUGUGUUGCUUCAACAGAUUGCUUGCCUGCCGCUAUUCUUACAUAUUGCAGAGCAAGGAGAAAUUAAUGCUGGUCAAAGAUGUGUUGGUACGUCGCGAAUUUGUUCGGUGGAUACUCCAUUGAAUCCUGUCGAUAAUCAUGAAUUUGCAGAAAGCUACUUAUCGGACAGCAAACUAACAAAACGCGAGAAUGCAGGUCUUACCCAAGUUACAUCAAGCUUUGGUUUCUACUUGACCGUCCUAGAUAGCGAUGGGCUUACCCGUUAUCUUGAUUGUGGUCAAUACCCAUGCAGACUCAGAAGGACAGACUCUACAGCCAGCGUAUUUACAUUGCAAGACGGUCAUUUGUUAUUGGGUGCAAUCCAAAUUGGUCUUGCAAGUCACUUAUGUGUCGGAGGAGCAAAACCAAUUUCUUGGACGAUGCUGCAGGAUAUGACUAAGCUCAUUCCUGAUUCGCCCUUGUAUAUGUGCGACAACGACGAUACGAUAUAUGACAGUAGUUGGCACGGUUGUCUGCCCAUUCAAUACUUGAAUGUGAUAAAAUCCAAUCCUGAACCUGAACCAACCACUGAACCAGAACCAGUUGUUCCAACUGAACCAACCACUGAACCAGAACCAGU